GCUUUCGACGCGAACAACCUACGAUCAUCGUUUUAUCAAAAUAAUUCGCGACGGUCUGUGUUGCAGCUUGCGGUGCAUAGCACGUCAACAAAUAAUUGACGAUCAACAAAUGAACACCAACUUUUUGUCAUCUACUCGUCGCUCCGGUAACUCGAUAUCUUUGCGGUGUACAACAAGUGAGGAAGAUUAAGUAUACUACACAAAGAGCUAUUGAACAUCUUUGUUUUGUAUCGUUAAACGUAUAAAUAUCAAGUUAAUAGUCGAUUAUAAUCGUGUUAUGAAAGGAAGUGUUUAGUGAACUGGAAAAUAUUGGUGUUUAAAUUAUGAUUCUGUGAUUACUUAUUGUCAACGUAAUUUUUUGAACGAGAUGGUGAUUGCUCAUCAUUGAUAUCUCUUAUCUUCUACUGACGAUCUUUCCAAGAGCUACUAUAAACUUUGUGGCGAUGUUUUUACAAAUUAAGAGAACCAUGUGAAUAAACAGCUGUUAGAGGAUGGCUAGCGGAGCCAGGCCUGGCUCCCUGGUACCUCCCAGAGUGAAUGGAACUGCUUUUCCAGGUUUAGUACUUCCCCCAGCCGACGACGGUCCACGCGUUGAAUCAUGCACACACGUCGAUACGCACUAUGAUAUUAAAGUGGCCAUCGUCUUUUCCCUUUACAUUAUUUUUGGUAUAGUGUACACUUUUGUAGGAUACCGAUGUUUCAAAACCGUUAUGUUUUUAACUGGAUUUAUUUUUGCGUCGAGUAUAGUUUAUCUGAUAUGCCAACAAGGAGACUUAAUGCCGACAUAUGGGAAUGAAGGCGUUUCCUUAUUGGCUGGCGUCUUAUUUGGACUGAUAACGAUGUUGGUACAGUAUGUAGGCUUGUUCAUGAGUGGUCUACAUACAGGAGUUCUUCUAGGCCUUGCUGGCUUAUUUACGGCUGAUCAUUUUGUGGAAACGUCACCGAAGGGAUCUGUAUGGUUGUGUGUUGGUGUCUUACUCUGUUCUGCGCUAACGGUUGCUAUUUUUAAUUUGUACUUUAGAAAAAGUCUCACAAUACUUGGCUCAAGUUUAUAUGGUGGAGCAACAUUAUCUAUAGCCAUUGAUUAUUUCGUAGAAAAAUUGUCAAUGGUAUCUUGGCUGUGGCAAAGGGUGUCUUUGAGACCUGUCCAACCUCCUCCGUGUUGGUUUUCUUGGAUAGUGCUCGGAGCUUGGCCCUCGUUCGUACUGGCUGGAUUGAUAAUUCAGUUUGGAAUUACCGGAAGAGGUAUUCACCACGAAGACGUGAAGGCUGGUAGAAAAAAAUCUAGAGCGGCACCUACGAGGGUGGUGACACGAGCUGAAAGAGCUGAAAUGAAACAGAAAAAAUAUAGAUAUCUUUAUCAAGUUCGUACAGCUCAUGGUGAUGUGAUAAGUCAGAAUUUUGUGCAACAACUCCAAAAAAAAGAAAACAAUGAUAGUCAAGGAGAAUGUAGUACCCUCCAAUCGGAUGCGACUCAUCUUACUAUAUUACCCGAUACUCAACUGGCAGCUUUAACGGAAAGUGAAGAUGAUAGUCAGACAGAAAUAAAUGCUCGACGAUGAAAAUUUAUGCAAUAAAAUUGCAUUUUCUUUAAUCGGAAGUUACUUAGAUUUUCAAAUCGUUUUAAACAAUUUCAAGCUUUAAGACAAUAAGUGACAUUUUUCUUCGAUGUAGUAGAUGUUCCAUAAAAAGAUGACAAUUUGCUAAAUAGUCCCACAAAACAAUCUAAUCCUGAUAUUAAUCCUGUAGUAUUUUCGUCGAGGAGCAAAAAUUUGUAUAUAACAAAGAAAAUUAUUGAAAUACCAGUUAUUUUCUACAUUUAUCACUAGAAAUAGUUACUAGAGAUAUAGGAAUUGUAAAAAAUAUUGUAAAAACUAACUGGUUAUUGAUAAAUAUGAACUUGAUGUAGAAAAUUAUUUUAAAAUUGUUCUGGUAGUAAUCGUGUUUAGAUAAUUUUAUUCCACACUUUAUUUCAACCGAGAUCAUGAGUUUUAUUGGUAUCUCGGGAACAAGAAUAUGGGAAGAGGUAAAUUUUCAUUUAUUAUACUUCUUUAUUCUAUGUAGUGAAAACCAAUACCAAAGACAAAUUUGCUAUCAAUCAAACAUUUAAAAUAAAUGAAAGGUUAUUAAAGUUGCACAGGUUCAAAUAAAAAAUAUUUAUUUGUCUUAGUUAACCUGUUGCUAUCAAAAGUGAGUGGAGACGCACAUGGGCAAAAUUCAAGAGAUAUCGUGGUCAAAAUCCUUCAAGCAAAAAAAGUUUCAGGUAUUAACAAUUUUGAAUGAUGGAAGUAGGUAUCUGGAUAUUUAAUCCUUUUUGUGGAAAUUAAUUGUAUAGACGAGACAGAAAAGUAGUUUGGCAAUUAAAAGGAAGUUCCACAUAUACAUAAAUAAAUAGUUGACUUGCCUCAAUUUACCACUAACAUUUGUUUAAAACACAUCCGUCCCUCUUUCAAGGUCAUAUAAAAAAAUGUGAAACCGGUUUACUUCUUAUUUUAUAAUUAAGUACAUAUUGUGCUUAUCGUGGUUUUAAAACCACAUUAAAAACUGUAAAUAUUGUUGGAUUUCACCUUCUGUCGACAUAAAGAGUUUUGAAUUAUAUUAGUUUUAUUUGAAAAUCCGCAUUUCUGAAAAAUACUAGAUAAGGUUUGGAUUCUAUCCUUUGUGUGCACGAGGUCCCGGCAGGGCGGCGCGAGCGCCAUCUAUUGAACAGUCUAAACAACAAGGCGUCGGCCAUGUUGUUGAUGCGUUUCGAGGAGAGAUGACAUAUCGAAGCAUUGCUAGUAAUUAUUGUUUGAUAAAGUAUGGCUUUGAUGAGGGGAUAUAAUGAGAAAUUGACUCAUCACGACUGUGAGCGCUAUCAGAAGUCAGGAGUGUGAUCGUGAACCGUUUGAGCUGCGGUACGAAGAUAAGGACCAAUGGCCACGCGUGACCUAAUUAUACAGAUUGGAGUACCUAGUUUUCCGCACGAGCUUUAUGACCAAGGAAUUUAUAAAGCAUUACAAUAGUUUAGAAGCUUACAAUUUCUUGACCUCUAACCUUGUAUUUCCUCUUCGUGUGAAAGUUUUGCCAAGGGAACGUGUAACAGUGCUUAGCAAGGUUUUUAAUCCACUUGUUGUGGAUGCGGUACCAUAGUGUUUGUGGAUAUUUUAUGUUAAUUUCAGUAAUGUUUUCUCCUUACACGGACACACAUUUUUUCCUUUUACUCAGGACCAACUUAAACUUAACAGCUCCAACAGUGUUCUUAUUUCCUCUUAUUUGUCUGGAAUCAAGAUAUAACUCCCAUCAUAUUUUGUCUUAAUAUCCGAAUAACUUUUUUUCUUACUUUCAUUGUUUUCAAUUCUCCUAAAUUAUUUUAUGUGUGUCCUUAUGUCUUUCUAUUCGGUGAAACAAUAUACAACUGUAUAGUGUUUCUUUCUUUCCACUUGAUUUCAAUUUCUCUGUUGAAAUUUAUGUCUGGCGUACCUAGGAGUAAUUGGAUUUUUUUCAGAUAUUGAAAAAUCAAACUAAUAAAUUCAGAUCAUCUUUGGCAUUUCAAUAUUUUAAGUCUUUUACGGAGUCUUGUUCAGUCCCAUUAUUUCCUGUGCGGAAAACCCAACAUUUUCUCUAUUGUAUUCACGUUGAACUGUCUACUUUCUCAAGAAUACAAUUUUUAAUCCUUAGAAAUGAGGCGUAGUACUUGAAUUUUUAAUUGUUUUUGGUAGUAGUAACUAGACUUUUAUAUUAUAAUAUUAGAGUCCGAAAUGUUAUUCUUUAAAUAGCCUGAUCAAUAGGUAGUUUGGUGGACCUUAGAAAAAGUAUAUGGGUAGAUUCUUUUUUUAUAACAUUUAUAAAGAGGUGACACAAGUCCUAUUUGAAAAAAAAAUUGUUGGUGAGGGUUACGGCCCUACUUUUGUCUGCCUUUAAAAAAUUAUGGUAAUAAUAAUGCUAAAGUCUUAAGUUCCUUGGAAUGACUAAAGAGGUCGAAUUGAGUUUAUUGACGACAAAUAUGUGUUUCACUAGACCAAACUUACACCGUAGAAAAUAUUUCCAACUAGAAGAAGUAAUCCAUCAUUAAGAUAGAGGUACAAUAAUUAUAAUAGAAGAAUUCUAACGGAGUAAUAUCAAUUAUAUUUGUAACUAAGGUUUGAAAUAAGUGGUAGUGUAAGUAGAAAUACAAACUAAUGAAUCUUAUUUAUUUACUACCUAAAAAAUCCGGCUUCGCCCGGGAGUUGAUAUGAGAUGACGUGGUAAAGCCGAAAUAAAAAAAUAAACUAUGACGUAAAAAGUAAAAAAAAGUUUAUUGAAAACGUUUUCUCAUUAUUUACAAUACUUGUUUAUAAACAACAUUUUUCAUUUUAUUGUCCGGAGUAUAUAUACAUAAAUUUUUUGGAUUUCCUACUCUUGAGCAAGCUACAUAUAGCUGACCGUGAGAGAAGCAGGAUUCUUUGAGGUUAAUGCCACAAUAUUUUAAAGUUUGUCCUUGCGCUUUGUUAAUUGUAAAACUAAAGGCUAAUUUUAUUGGAAACUGCAGUCUUUUAAAUUGAAAUGGCAAUUCCGAAGAGAUCAGAGGUAUUCUAGGUAUAAAUACUGUCUGUCCUUUGGUCUUUCCAGAAAUAAGUUCAGCUUCAAUGAUAUUAUUCGAUAGCUGUUUUACGAUCAUUCUAGUUCCAUUACAUAAUUUUGGGGAGUUGAGAUUUCUGAGUAGUAUGAUUUUUUAAUGUUUUGAGAACUAAUUUGGAUAACUAAAAUUAUGUCGCUUUAACUCCAAAAUAUAAGUUAGCUAAUGACGUAUAAAUACACAAAAUUUAAUAACUUUAUUAUAGCAACAAAUUAAAUUUAAGACUUUAUUGAAAUUGGAAUUUUAAAUUUCGCGCCACUACUACACAUGCUACAAUUGCUCGCAACGCUUUUGGAAAUGCAACCCAAACAAUCGUUGUCCUGAAUGAAGUUCAAAUUUCGAUAACAGAUGGCGCCACUAUACUUAAUUCCAAGUUGUAGGGUUGGAAAGUUCCUUAUAUCUUUAGAAACACGCCCUUUAGAUUAAAACGGGAACUUUCUAGCUUCUGUAGCGGUAGCGUAUGUAGUAAAGGCGCGAAAUUUAAAAACCUAAAUUUUUAAAUAUUUUGAGAACUAAUUUGGAUAACUAAAAUUAUGUCGCUUUAACUCCAAAAUAUACGUUAAAUAAUGACGUAUAAAUACACAAAAUUUAACAACUUUAUUAUAGUAACAAAUGAAAUUUAAGAUUUUAUUGAAAUUGGAAUUUUAAAUUUCGCGCCACUACUACACAUGCUGCAAUGGCUCACAACUAUGGAGACUAUACACUAUGACUAUUGGAGUGUAUAGUCCCCAUAGUUGUCUUGAACGAAGUUCAAAUAUUCGAUAACAGAUGGCGCCACUGGACUUAAUUUCCAAGUUGAAGGGUCGGAAAGUCCCUUAAAACAUGCCCUCUAGAUUAAAACGGGAACUUUCUUGUUCGAGGAGGGAUAAAGGGCUAUCACACCACAUAAGUCCCUUUAUCGUGUCGGGACUCCUUUUUAAGUUUUAUCGGCACGCACAUUUUAUCGACUUAGUUUUAUUAUAUAAUAAUAUAGAUUAUUCACUUGGAUGUUAUUAGUAAUCCUGUCUAACGAUUGUCCCACACCACAUCUCAUUUAACAACAUUUCUUCAGAAAAUAAGUAGUAGGUAUUGUACCAGUAUUGUAAGUAGAUUUUGGUUACCAAUAACACCAAUAGGAAAUACGACCGGAAAUUAUCAAAUUUUAAGGAUCUUCGGUACUUUAAGAUGCCAAAAAAUAUCCUGAAAAACGACAAACGCCAAACAAAUUUGUCUGAUUUUGAGAUCAAUAAAUCUUUCGCGGAAGAAUAAUGCUAAAUACCAACUAUUAGAAUGUAAUUUCCCCUGACAAGGUUAUAAUUUUCUUUAUUCUUCUAAUAUUUUGUCUAGUAUCAACACUUUAUACUACAAAUGUUAAAAUUUUGUAAAUUUUCUAUUAGAUUCUUUUGACCUUUCUUGAUUUUAUAAGGGACACACUGUAUAAAUUACAACACAAAUAUUUUACGUAGUACUGUUUCUGGGAGCGAAUAAUUCCAUUUGAAAAUUAUUAAACACGAUUAUGAGAACAAACAUGAAAAAUAAAUUUUCUACUUAUACUUAAUAUGCUUCAAAAUACAAUAAUAAAAACUGCGUUGUAGAGCUGUAGCAAACCGUAUGUAUUCGGAAUUUUUUAAAUAGUAUUGCCAAACUAGACUAACUUGAAUCCAAGUCUGAUUCAAAAUACAGAACAGUGGAAAAAUGUACCUUAGGCAGCUUGGUAUGUAAUGUAUUAUUUAGUUUUCUGCAAAUUACGAAUAUUGCGACACCGCGACGUCGUACUAUUCGUUGCUCUAGAAUAGCACGUUAUGAAGUAUCAGAAGUAACUAAUAAAGUAACGAUACUAUAGUAAUGAGUACUAAUUUGUUUUAGUAACGAAUACAUAUGGUUACAAUUUUUUUCGUUACUUUUACACCUCUACUUCGUUGUUACUCAUGUAAAAAUCAAUGUUUUGUGGGUGAUCAGAUCAUAUUUAAAUUUAGUUUCAAAAAUAUUUUCCACAAAAUUAUAUUCAUUUAUAGCAAUAGUUUACAGCUAGUGAAUAAUUUCAUUCCUAGUCGAUACAACGUUUUUGCAAUAGAUUUGGGCAUAUACUCAAAGCUUGUUAUAAAAAAAAAUGUUUUUUCUAAUUCCAUAAUAUUUCUUGUGAAACUUUUUGGUGGAUGAGCAUAUUAUUAACAAGAAGGUCCAUAGCUUUGUUAAUUUCAUAUCUACGUCUUUCGGUCCCUUGCUUUUUCUCUCCAGCUCUGGAUAAUUUUCUCUGUAAGGUCUCCACUACUUCCCUUCCAUGAUUUCAAUCUACCUCUUUUCCUCUUACCCUCUGGUAUCUUCCAUGCAACUCGUUACAAGAGUCUGUCUUAAUCCAUUCUUUUUAAGUGACCUAGCCAUUUUGUAACCUUGUCUUUAUAAACGCUCUGAUUGGUGACUCAUUGAAAAGUGUGCAAUUUUCAUGGUAUGAUCUUAUCUCCCAUCCUAACUAUGUCUGUUUUCCUCCUUCUAGUAUUUUCCUCUCCCAGAUUUCCAGUUUCUGUUCAGUUUCGUUCACCAUUAUCCAGGUUUCACAGGCGUGUUAGGUAUGUUCGAUGUUAAUAUUCUUCUAAGACUACCUGGCAAUUAUUAGUUCGAUUUCCUUUUCUUCUUGGCAUUUAUUAUCUAGUAGUACACACCAAUAUAUGAAAUUUUCUACUUCCUCAAAUUCUAUUAACAUCUCAUCAUGUUUAUGUACUUUGAAAUUGCUUCCACAUUUGUUCUUUAUUUUGUCAUUAUUGUGUGAGGAGGCUAUCUCUUCUACUGCUGUUAUUAGUUGUAUUGUGGUUUCUUCAAGCUUUCUUCUACUUCUUGCUAUCAACGUCACAUCAUCAGCAUAAGCUAAGCAUUGAUUUGUAUUGGUAUCUCAUAGUCAUAACAGCCAGUUGUUUUAUCAUAAACAUUUGGUCGGAUGUUCCUCUGUCUUCUCCAAACCCUCCUUGGUACUCACCUAACAAUUUUUCUACAUAUAUUUCCAAUCUUCUUUUCAAAAUUGAUACGAGUAUUUUGUAUGUGACGUCUAGCUCUAUAAUUCCUUUAUAAUUUUCACACAAUGUUUUGUCUCCCUUCUUGAAAAUGGGUAAUAUAAUGGCAUUUCUUCAUGCUUCUGGCAUUUUCUCGGUUUUCCAAAUCUGCCAAAUGCCUGUAAGCUGUCGUCGCCAUGAUUUAUUUGUUCUUUGACCAUGUCAUUAUUAAAACAUAAAAAAUUGAGAAUUGUGUAUUGAAAUAUCAAAAUAAAAUUGAUACUGGUCAAUAGAUCAAUAACAAGUUUUAUUUACUAAUUUAAAUUUAGUUAAUAUUUGUUAUUCGAAACCAAUUUUGGUUCCAAUGUACUUCGAAGUGACAGAAAAUAUAUUGCCAACAUGCAUUAUCUCAACAAUGUAGAAUGAUUUUGAUUUAAAUUCAUUUCCUUUCAUAUCAAAAUAGAGUAUGAAAAUAUUUUUGAAAAAUCUUAGUUGUAGUAUGACAAAUGGCUAAUUAAAUUCUGCCGGUAUCUUUAGUUCAAACAUUAAGUAGAUUUUGAAUCAGAAAAAACAAUGACGCAUAUUUAAUUCGUCAUUUAUCGCUACAUUUUAUAUCUACAGGAUGUGACAAAAAUGUAAAAUAUUUUCUUGCUAUUUUCUUGUCACAAACUGUAAAAUAUACUGCCAAAAGGAUUGAAGACGUAACAAAUACCUGAUAGCAAAUCAAAAAUCUAUGUACUGGUAUAUGUAGAAUAUUUACUAUAUAAAACCUUUUGAUUACCGAGAAUUUAUCCUUAAUUUCAAACAUACUAAACACAUUGUUUAAUACCACUCAAUCGUUUUAGUAACACAGUUAUCCUCUUCAGAGAGUUGAAGUCAAACGCAUCUCAGAGAGUAUAAUUAUGUUUGUGUAUUGGUAGUAAAUAGUGUGUUCAAUACAAAUUGUUGAGAUGGUUCCAUUUAAUUCAUCUGAAAUCUUUAAUCCAGGUUACUAAACAUUAAGGAUUUUUGGUGAAAUAUUAAUAAUUUUACAAUUAAUAAUGUACUGAAUAUUAUUAAUGAGUGAUACAUGUACUCGUGAAAAAUAUUUUAUAUAGACAGUGAUUUUCACUGUAAAUAAGAGUGAUUUUGAAAUGGUUGUAAAGAGAAACAUAUAAGUGGGUUGACAGAGAGUAUUCAAGACUGUCAUUUCCCAAAAAUCAUUUUUGAUACAUUGAUACAAAUGCAUUCUUAAUCAUUUUAUUUUUUUUUUUAUUUGAUAUUUCUAGACAAAGGCUAAAACUCAAUGUAUAGGCUAAUUUUUUAAUUUAUGUAAAAAAUUUUCACUUUGUAAAUGUGUUAGUAUGAUUUUGCUGAUCUUGUUAAUUAAAACUUAACUCUAUUGACAGGCAAAUAUUUAGUUCUGAUCCAAUGGUCUGUGACAAAAAAUCAGUCAAACCUGUGAAGACAUCUUCCAAGAAACAUACUUCUAGGAAAACAAAAAAAUCAUAAUCACAAUACCAGCGUUUGUGAUAGAAAUGUAGUUAGAUAUAUGAAUAAAUUGAGCAGGGGAUUUUGUUCUAUAACUGGGCAUCUUUUAGAAAUUGAAGAAACUCUCGCAGAUUUGCUUUAAAGUUCACCUACUAUCUUCUAUCUGUGUAUUGUUGGAUUUCUUUAAUAUGUUGAUGUUACAGUUGCAAAUCGAAUGAAAUGGUUGGUUGUUUGAUUACUUCAGAAAAUUAUGAAUAUAUUUGGUAAAAUCAAUUCUUACUCCCCUUAUUACUACUAGGCUUUAUCUUGAGGAGCUUCAAGAGGGAAGUGCUUAAUGAAGGUUGUAUCUGUUGUAAUUUUGAAGAAAUGAAGUCCUAAUGUAAUUUCCAUAAUUUAGAUAUUAUCUCCAUAAUUGCACUCCUAGCGAGUUGAUCUGUAUAUAUUAUAUUUUAGAAAGUAGGUAGAUACCAGAUAAUUUCUGAAGCUAUCUUUAUAAUGUGUUGAAGUUAUAGUUGCAAAUCGAAUAAUAUGGUUGGUUGUUUGAUUUCUUAAAACAAUCAUGAGUAUUUUGGUAAGACCAAUUCUCACUCCCCUUAUUACUACUAGGAUUUAUCUUGAGGAGCUUCAAGAGAAAAGUGCUUAAUAAAGGUUGUAUCUGAUCUAAUUUUUGGAGGAAUGAAGUUCUAUCUUGUUGCCGUAAUGUAGAUAUUGUGAUCAAGAUUCCAUUCCUAGCGAGUAGAUCUGUAUCUGUUAUAUUUUGGGAAAUUGAUAGUUUCAAGAUAAUAAUCACUGAAGAUAUCUUUAAACCUUAAAAGUGAUUGUAUAUAAUAAAAUUUGAACAGUGAUAAACGAUUUUGGAUUAUUUAUAAUGUAUUAUAUACUUACUGUAUGGAAUGUGUGAGACUUAACAAACACUUAUAAGCACCUACAAAUUCCAUCAGCUUUCUACUCAGAGAAGUCAUUUUUCAUGGUAUUUGCAACUACAAACUACAUUAGAAAUUUGAGAUUAUGUUUUUGAAGAUCAGCGAUCAGAAGAUCAUGGAUGAUUUUCAAUUAUUCAUAAUGUUUUAUUUACUUACUUUACUGUAUGAAAUGUGUACAGAAAUAUAUACAAAGCGACAGUUGACACGGCGUUGGUGGGUGAGACCCUCAGUUUAAAUAAAAAUAUCUACAGUUACCUUAUUACGACAUAUUUUAACAUGAACGAAAUAGAACAUAAGAAUUAUUUAAACAUAGAUGAAUAAAUCGGGGCUUAUAUGAUCAGAGACGUAACAAAAUAUUCAAUAAGAAAACCUGAUUGUCGAUUAGGUCAGGAAGUUAAUCACCAGCUCUUGUCAUGAAAUUUUCAAAUUGGAAAAUGAUUCCCUGUUUUCUACCAAAUUUUAGUUCACUUGUACCUAGCAGAUUGUUUAUGUAGCACACUCACAAGCACCUACAAAUUCUAUCAGCUUUUCACUCGGAAAAGUCAUUUUUCAGGGUAUUUGCAAGUAUAAACUACAACUAUUAGAAGAUUGAGGUUAUGUUUUUAACAUUUUUGACAUUUAUGAACGUCUAUAGCGCGUCUUGCUUGCGUUUAUUCUAUGUACCCCUUAAUAUAAUGUAAAGAGGCAAAUGAGUGUAGCUUCAUAUGCAAAUUUUUCUAUUUGAAAGGCCAAAGUAUACUAUUAAGUUUGCCAGUAUAUACAGAGCAAAUUUUCUAGAUUAGGGAAGAGAAAAUUUGAUAGUUACAACAGCUGUCUCCCAAGUAUUAAAUCGUAUCCAUGUCUGUUUAUUAUAUUCGGGAAUGUUUUUCUAACUAAAUUGUUCCAUUUUUCAUUGUUUUUUUGAGAAUUGUGAGAUAUUUAAGGGACCAUUAUAGGAAGAAGUAAAAGUAUUUUAGAAAUAUUAAUUUUAAUUGGUAUAUAUAGAAGAAAGUGUAACGGUUUCAUUAAUAAGAAUGUUGAGGUAUUUUGAAAGAUAUGAAUUAUAAAUGAACUGUACAUAGGAUUAUAGCAACAUUAAGUUAGAAUUGUUGACUUCUAAUCGUCAAAGGGUUAUUUGAAUCGGAUAAGGGAUUUUAAGAAAAAAUUUCCAUCUACGUCCGAAUGAAAGUAAAAAAGAUAUUUUGUACCUUGAAUAUGUUAGGGGGGAAUCGAAUACUGCACCUAGUGAUACCAACCUGUUUUUGCUCCCCAUUUGCACAAUUUUAGGACCCAAUCGAGCAUAUGCGUGCGAAAUAGUUCAAACGCAUGUUCCAAAUUGCACUUUAAACACAAACUUUAGUAUUGAGGUUAUGUAGGCAUCAUUUUUAAAUUUAUUUAAUUCAUAUUUGUGUUUUUAAAAUGGAAUGACAACCGUGCUGUUGAAAAAAAUUAUUCUUUUGCAUUAUUGGAUGCAGAAUCUCAGAAUAAGCAUUAUUACUUGAUGAAGAAGACUAUAAAAGGGCCCAACAAGAUUAUAUAUGGUAAAAAGUAUAGUUUAAAUAAGUGCUUCCAUUGAAAUUUAUUUAUUACGUAGGGUGUUUAUUUCAUAUUUAUUUCUAUCUACUCAAAUGGAGUACAAAUAAUAUUUCAAAAGUGAUAGAUCGCUGAAUUAUUUUAAAAAUCAGUUUUAGAAUCGAUAUAAGAGAUGAUAAGAACGGCUUUCAUUACUCAAUCGUUCAACUUAAAAUUUUUUUAAUCUUGUCUCUAAUAUUGUUUGUCAAUAUCCAUCUUGUUUCAAGAUUUAAAUAUAUGUAACGCUGUAAUUAUAUGUACCUAAUCUAACUAAUUAUUUGGUUUUUUAUUCUGUCACAUAAAAUCUGUUCGCAUUCUUCAAGGUCGAGGUGGCAAAUUAACGGAAAAAAGAUGGCGACGAACCGCGGGAACGAAUUUCGUUUUAAACCACUCAAGAAACAAGUCUUUCGUAACCCAAACAUUUUUUUGUGCACGAUAACAAACAGAAAGACGUUUUGAUUUAAACGCCCGCAAGUCUGUUAUUUCCCUACAACAAGCAAUUCAAGUGUAUGGGUUUCAGCCGCAUUUGCACAAGGUAUUAAUGUCAUCCUCAUUUUCAUCAUUUUCCUUCUGGCAGCCGACUACUCAUUGCCGGAGGCUGAAAUAUGAUCUGGCAAUAAUCGCCGAUAUAAACCAGAUUCGUCAGCAUUGGAAACCUGUUCCGUUGUUAGGUUUUUUCUCUAAUAACUUUCCGUAACUCUAAUUGGAAUUGUCUAAUAGUGGCUUCAUCUGACAGUUACAGGAACAUGCAAUCGCCUUUGUUGCAAAAACCAACGUAAACAAAGCAUCUUCUAAAACAGGAUCUUCCGAUUUCUUCAGUGUUUUUCGUCUUAAUGUUUAGGUGGCGGCGCAUUGGCUCAUGGCAGCCCGCACAUACACCCGCUCGCCUCCACCGCGAAGCCCAUUGCGCGGCCGGAUUACUGCGAUCACCGAACAAGCGGGAGUCCGAAUUACCGAAGCCCUACUGUAAUUCAGUUCCAUAUCCUGUAUAUGUUUUAUUUUUAUUGUAAAUAUAUUACAAAUGGUACUCUGAUGAAUGAGUUUGGCUCCGCAUAUUUCUAAAUGUAUUUAUUAGAAAAGUUAAUAUGCAAAACAAAUUUUGUUAUAAAAGCUUUGUAGCGACAACUAGAAGAAAAACGUUAAAAUACAAUGACAUAAAUAUUGCAUAUUAUCUUUACAUUUAUUUCUCGAAAAGUAUAUCUAAGAUAUUUUGUGUAAAUUCUCGGAUAUUUAAAAUGGUUGAAAGAUCAAAGAUCUAUAAAGUUCUUAAUAUAAAAAAAUCUUUUAUCUCUGAACCAAAGGUUAGAAAUGAAUUAUUUGAAUUCAUUAUUAUUUUGUUGACAUAUUUUUUUAUUAUAUAGCACAAAAAUUAAAAUUUGCUCAUAACUCAAUAAAA